AUGAAUCUACGAGAGCUUGUUGCAUCAACGGCAGACAUGAAUUUGGAGGAUGAUGCGGAUGGAGUGCGGUUUGAGGAGGAGAUGUUCGAAGGUCCGGCGCAGCCCCCUAUGCGGACAACGUGGACGUUGAUCGGGAAGUUCUUGACCGAUCGAAUUCUCAAGGUUGAGGUGAUGAAGAGGGUCAUGGCAGCAGCUUGGCGGCCUCUCAUGGGAAUAGAGAUAACAGAUGUGCUCCCGAAUCUGUAUCUCUUUACGUUUUUUGACGAAGCCGAUAUGCGCCGGGUGUUGGAGGAGGGGCCAUGGGCGUUCGAAAACACAACACUUAUUUGUCAAAUUCUCGAGGAUGGAGUCGAUCCAACGCAAGUGGUGUUGAACACUGUGGAUUUCUGGAUACAGGUCUACGAUAUUCCGUUGGGUUAUCAAACGGUGAAGGUGUUAGAACGGAUUGGUGAUUUUGCGGGGGUGUUUAAACGGUAUGAUGAGCGGAACUUUGAGAGGUCAUGGACCUCGUUUUACCGGAUACGCAUAACGCAUGAUGUGACGGCUCCGUUAAAACGACGUAUGAAGAUGAUUAUGCGAGAUGGGACAUGGACUUGGAUAAAUUUCAAGUACGAGCGCCUGCAUAUGUUCUGUUUCUUCUGUGGAAUAAUGGGACACACUGAUAAGUUUUGUUUAGCGGCUCGACGUUCUUUGUUAACCCCGGAUCAGUACAUGUUUGCUGCGACAUUGAGGGCGGGGGGUAAUAGUCCAGCCAAGCACAUAGGGGAUAAAUGGUUCAAACUAGGACAAGAAAGGAGAAAAGAAAUUGGCUUUGGGAUGGGGGGUUACGGGCAGAAUGGUGGGGCAGUAGGGAGGGAGGAGUUGACCGGGUUAGGGGGCCGGGCCGUGGAAGUUGGGGUGACGGGAAAGGGUGGGAUGGGGCAGUCGAAAAAACGACUUCGGGUAAAACUUGGUUUUGAUGGUCUUUUGAAUGUGGAUAAUUCUGGAUUGAGUGGUGGCUUGGCAUUAUUAUGGAGGGCGAAUGAUACAGCAACUGUGAUAGGUUAUUCUGAUAAUCAUAUUGACGUGGAAGUGAGUAUGCCGGGAUUUGAUAAAUGGAGGAUGACUGGGUUCUAUGGCUUCUCAAAACGACCACAGAGAAGGGAGUCAUGGGAUCUUAUUCAUUCGUUGGCAGGAAAGUCGGAUCUGCCAUGGGUAAUCAUUGGAGAUUUUAAUGAUCUCUUAUACCAGUGUGAGAAACGAGGAGGGAAUCCUCAUCCGGACAGCUUGUUGAGGGGUUUUGGAGAGGCAAUUGAGGAGUGUGGCUUGACACAAUUACCGAUGUCUGGGUAUCCCUUUACUUGGGAAAAAGGGAAGGGAACUCCAAACUGGAUCGAGGAAAGGUUGGAUAAGGUUUUGGCCACGCAAGAUUGGAGAGAGCUGGUAACCGAUGCAAGUGUGCAGAAUAUUUUAACCAGAAAGUCAGAUCACUCGGCUCUUUUCCUUGGGAUUCUGAAUCUUCGGGAAAGGAGGGGGGGUCUGAGAAGAGGUUUUAGAUUUGAGAUGGCAUGGUUACAUGAUGAAGGAUGUCGAGCGGUGGUAGAAAAAUCGUGGGACGAAGGAAGAGGUAGGGGAUUGCAGGAAUGUGUCACAUUGUGUGGUAACCGGUUAACGCGCUGGGGUGGAGACCGAUUCCACAAGUUUGGUGAAAAAAUAUUGUGCUUACGGAAGGAACAGUUACGCCUCAAAGGAUGUACAGAUCCAGUAUCCCUAGCUGAAUUCCAGAGAUUAGAAGAGUGUUUGACACGUGUUGAGUUGCAGGAGGAUACUUAUUGGAGGCAGAGGGCCAAGCAGCACUGGCUCAAGGAUGCGGAUGCAAACACCAGGUUUUAUCACAGGUAUGCUUCUAAUCGAAAGAAAAAGAAUUCUAUUGCUAAAAUAAUGAAUGAUAGUGGGGAUUGGAUUGAGGGAGAUGCCAUGAUAAAUAUCAUCUUGGAUUACUAUCGAGGCAUUUUUAAAUCGAGCUCUCCUACAAUUAAUGAUGAAUUCUUUGCGACUAUACAACCGCGUGUAACGCCAGUACAGAAUGAGGGGUUAUUGCGCCCUUUUGAAGUAAGUGAGGUAAAAUCUGCAUUAUUCUCAAUGUAUCCUGAUAAAGCACCAGGACCGGACGGGAUGAAUCCGGGAUUCUAUCAGCAUUUCUGGGAUGUGGUGGGAACUGAUGUCUCUUCGUAUAUUAUGAAUUGCUUGAAUACUGGCUCAUUUCCGAGUAAGCUGAAUGAGACGAAUAUUAUUUUAAUCCCGAAGAAGAAAAACCCGGAGAUGGUUUCUGAUUAUAGGCCAAUUGCUUUAAGCAAUGUGAUCUACAGGAUUAUGGCUAAAGUUAUUACUGCCAGAAUGAAACCAUUAAUGGAGAAUAUCAUAUCUGAAUCCCAAAGUGCGUUUAUCUCUGAGAGAUUAAUUACGGAUAACAUACUGAUAGCUGCGGAGGUGGGACAUUACCUAAACAGGAAACAAUGUGGUUUAGCAGGUUGGGGGGCUCUAAAACUCGACAUGGCGAAAGCCUAUGACCGUAUGGAAUGGCCCUUUCUGGAAAGCAUGUUAAUGGCGCUGGGAUUUGAUGACAGAUGGGUGAGACUACUGAUGAUGUGUGUGACCACUGUGUCUUAUAACGUAUUAAUUAAUGGUUCACAGACUGAACAAAUUACUCCGACUCGGGGUUUACGACAAGGUGAUCCCCUAUCGCCCUAUUUGUUUAUUAUUUGUGCUGAAGGGCUUUCACUAUUACUACAACAAGCGCAGGCGAAGGGGGAGAUACAUAGAUGUAGAGUUGCUAGAGGGGCACCUUCUAUUACCCAUCUAUUUUUUGCUGAUGAUAGCUUGCUUUAUUUCAAAGCAAAUGCCCAAGAAGCAGGUGUGAUUAAAAGUUGUCUGAAAAAAUAUGAAAAAAUGUCUGGUCAAGCUGUCAACUAUCACAAAUCGAGUAUUUGUUAUAGUAAGAACACAAGAGAUGAAACGCGGGAUGAGGUGGCCAAUAUAUUGGGGGUGGUGCAGGCACAGAAUUUUGGAAAGUACUUAGGGCUCCCAUCAUUUGUGGGCAGAAACAGAAGGGCAUCUUUUGCUUAUAUUGAGGAUAAGAUAAGACAGCGGAUUAGUUCGUGGAAUAAAAAACUCUUGUCACAAGCAGGGAAAGAAGGUAUUCACUGGAAAGCUUGGGAUAAGUUAUGUAUUCCAAAGAAAUAUGGAGGAUUGGGGUUUAAAGAAUUGAGAGCGUUUAACCUGGCUAUGCUUGGAAAACAAGGAUGGCGUUUCCUGACACAGCCACAAUCAUUAGUUUCAAGAGUUUAUAAAGCCAGGUAUUAUCCCACUAAUUCUUUCUAUGAUGCAUGUGUGGGAAAUAACCCGAGCUUUUGUUGGAGGAGUAUUUUGGCAGCACAGGAAUUGAUUUGUGGGGGAGUUAGGAGGAGAAUUGGAAAUGGCCAAUCAACAUUGAUAUGGGAUCAUCCAUGGUUGCAUGAUGGGUUACAACCGAAGAUAUUAACAGAAAAACCACCCCAAUUGGCACAGGCGAAAGUAGUGGGUCUGAUGGAUCAACAGACACGAACCUGGGAUAAAGAUAUUCUAACAGAUAUUUUCAUACCUGAGGAUAUUGAGCGAAUUCUGAAAAUACCUGUGUCACCAGAUUAUGAGGAUUUGUGGUACUGGUAUGGGGAUCCAAGAGGUGAAUAUUCUGUUAAGAAUGGAUACAGAACAGUAGUUGGAGAAUAUAGCCAACAGGUUGUGACAUUUGAUAAAUGGCAAAAGUUAUGGAAGCUUAAAAUCCCACCCAGGUGGAAAACAUUUUUAUGGAGAGCUCUAAAUGAUAUUUUGCCCACUACAAAGAACCUACUUAUAAAGAGGGUUGAUAUUGACCCAACAUGUGCUAUGUGUGGAAUUGAACAUGAAGAUGUUGUGCACUCCUUGAUCAAAUGUACCUACACGGCAGCCAUUUGGACACAAUCCCACCUUCCAAUCCCCAAUAAUGUUAUAAAUAUUUUUGGAGAUUGGUUUAAUGAUUUGAUGAAUGUUUUAGAUGAUGACGGGAUUAUUUAUGCAGUGGCAAUACUCUAUUAUAUUUGGCGCACAAGGAAUGGAGCUGUGUGGGAUGCGUACUUACCCAGGCCUCGGAAAGUGGUUGUGAUGGCGGCAUCAGCUCUCAAUGCUUGGAAGGCGGUUCACCACCGAACACCAACUCAGCCGAUCCAUGCUACCACGGUAGACCACACCAUAGCAGUAACAACCGGUGCGGACGUGCCUAUAGCCACGGCGUUACAUACGGCUGCCACGCCCAUCGUCACAGUACACCGACCGCAACUCUCUACGACAUACACCGCGCGCAAUGCUGUUCACGGCAUGAGGGGAAAAUGCUACUUCGAUGCGGCUUACGAUCCACAGACGAACAGGACAAGAAUGGGAGCAAUUAUCCUAGACGGCCAAGGGAGUUAUAUUGCGGCCAUGGCUACUACAGUGAUAGAUUGUUUUUCACCCCUAAUGGCGGAGGCUGUUGCAUGCAAGGAAGUAUUGUCAUGGUUGAGGAGUCGCGAAAUAAACUCUAUCGAGCUAUACACGGAUUGUUUGGUGCUUCAACAAUGCCUGUCUUCUACGACACACUCGUCACGGGAUUACUUGGGCUAUGCCAUUGAUAGUUGCAGGACUAGUUUAUCGACAUUUGAUUACUGUUUACUUCAUUACAUUCCUAGAGUAGAUAAUUAUUUAGCUCAUACAUUAGCAUCUACUACAUUUACUGACUCGAAUCCUAUAUACUGGGAUUCUGCUCCUCCAGCUUCUAUUUCUGCAUACUUCGAAUAA